AUCCAGCUUCCCGGACGAGGAAGACGGUUCGACGAAGAGGAGAAAAAGAGGCUCGAUUUUCUUCCGGAAGAAAAAGGACAAAAUCAAGAAGAGUUCCCACCAGUUCGUGUCUGUUUGCUACAGCAACUCAGCCACGUGCGACGUUUGCAGUAAGCCCAUGACCAACAAGCCAGCCCUCAGGUGUGAAACUUGCCAGGUGUGCGUGCACGAGAAUUCUUGCAAGGACCAGAUUUCGGACUGCUCCAAGCUCAAGAAUCCCAAGGUGAUCCAGAAGCCGGGCAGCGCCGCCGGCCUCACCACCGCCACCAAGAGCGCCAGCCUCGGCUCCUACGCCAUCUCGGGCUCAGCCGGAUCCACGGGGCCCUCGGCCAAGUCACAGCCGCCCGCCGUCUCCAGAUCCAAGUCCUCGGCCGCCCACUCAUCCUCGCCCACGCGCCCCACCAGCGUGUCCUCGCCAAGCAAGGUGCAGAGCGAAGACAAGGAGGCCGAUCUUCUGCCGCACGAUGUUCCCGAUGCCAACAUUCUGGAGGUCAACUCUGCAUCUAUGGAAUCUCUAGAUGAUGGAAAUGAAGAACCCAGUCUAGACGAUAUUGACGCCGAUCCCGAGCUCCGGCUUUUGGACAAGGAGCCCGAGCUAUGGGUUCACACGGUCGAGAAGGAGGUGGUUGACAAGUUAACAGAGAAGCAGGUGAAAAAGCAGGAGCACAUCUAUGAGCUUAUAAUUACAGAGAAACACCACUGUCGUAUGUUGAAAGUCAUGCAGAAGGUGUUCGCCGAGGGCAUGGCUCGGGAGCUGAACAUGCAGGACUCGAGGAUUAAGCGGAUCUUCCCUUGCCUGGACGAGCUCAUCACAAUCCACUGCUCGUUCCUGUGGCGGCUGCGCCAGAGACAGAGGAGCAACAAGUACAUCGAGACCAUCGGCGACCUCCUCGUCGACCAGUUCCUCGGGGACAACGCGCAGGGACUCAAGGACGCCUACGGACAGUUCUGCUCGCAGCACCAGGACGCGGUAUCGUACUACAAGGACAUCCUGAAAACGGACCGCCGAUUCCAGGCAUUUAUCAGACAGAAAUCCAACCACCCGCUCAUGAAGAAGAAGGGCAUCCCCGAGUGCAUCCUGUUCGUGACGCACCGAGUAACCAAAUACCCGCUGAUGCUGGAGGCGCUCAUGAAGUACAGCAAGGACCAGGAGGAGGAACUCAGUACCUUGAAGAGAGCUCUGGACUUGGUGAAGGACAUCCUUGUAAAUAUUAAUGCUCAAGUUGCUGAGAAGGAGAGAGAGCAAAGAUUAUUAGACAUAUAUCACAAGAUAGAUGCCAAAUCAUCAGCACUUUACAAGGAACAGAAGUUUAAGAAGUCUGAUUUCUUCUCAAGAAGUAGAAAACUCAAAUUCGAAGGUUCAGCGAUCCUAAGUCAACAAAAGGGCAAACCCAUUCUGGUGCAGGUUGUGGUGUUAUCAGAUUUAGUGUUCUUCCUUUUGGAAAAUAACCAGAAGUACUACUUUUUCUCACCUGAUUCAAAGCAGGCUGGUGUUAUCCCAUUAGACAAGCUCAUAGUGAGAGAGAAGGCAGGGGAAGGAUCGCGUGCUAUCUACCUUAUCUACUCGAAGAACACCGCAGAAAUGUUCGAGUUUGAAUGCCAACAUCCAAAAGAUAAGAAAAUAUGGUUGGAAUCUAUAAGAGAAGCCAUUGAUCAGUGUCCAGACGAGGAGGACAUGGGCGAUAACUCCAGCGAGAAUUCCAAGUUGCAGGAAGCCAAUUCCGAGAAGAUCCGGGAAAUACUAGGUAUUCUGCAGCACAAAGACAAGGAUUUGGCAAGAAUAUGUGAAGACAAGAUGAAUUCAGUGACAGAAUUGCUGGAGUUGUUAGGCAAUGAUGAAUUCCCUCCCACUCCACAGUACCGAGCACUGCUGGAUGAGCACCAUUUAGAUCACAAUGCAGCUCGAGACUUGCAAAUAAAUUCACUCAUGGAAGCCCUAAGAUUAGUGAGUGGGGCUUGUGGCUGGGGUUCUAACCUUGCUCGUUCAGUGAGCUCUGUGGGAGAACACCAGAGUGACGCCUAUGUGUCGCCCAGCCUUCCCAAGAGAGCAGAAACAUUUGGAGGAUUUGAUAACCCCAAUAAAGAUGCCUCCGGACAUCCUCAGAAACAGUCUGGAGGGAAGAAGAAGAAGGACAGUCGCAUGUCGCUGACCUCAACAGGCACAGGCGAAAGUGAUAUUAUAGAGAGCCUUAAGAACCGUCGUCCAUCUGGCAGCACACUUGCAGUUCGUUCCUCUCAAGACAACUUGAGCAUUGUGUCCACGUUAUCUGGAGACUCGUCCAGUCAACAGCAACAUCAGGCUGUAGCAGCUAAGCUUAUAUAUUGGCUACAGACUUCCUUGGUGCUUAGUCAACAUCACUUAACCCAAUUCGAUAUGUUGAGGUCUAAGUUAGUCGUUGGUGGGGCCUCAGUUGAUGGACGAUUCCGACACUCUCAGAAGUUGGAAGAACUUCGGAAUAUACAAGAGCAGAUUAGCCACGAAAGGGCCCAGUGGAUGAAGGAAAGGGAUGCCCAGGAAAAGUGGAUUGCAGAAAAGAAAAUUGAACUUCAGAAAAAGGAGGAACACCUUCGCAGCGAGCAGCAAGAUGUCCAGCAGCAACGCGAAUUGUUAUAUCGCAAACUAGAGGCUCUCAAGGCUCAGGGUAUCAUCCUAAGUCCUACUCUAACAGUUCUCACAACUACACCACCAACUCACACAGUACAUGAGGAACACCUUGCAGGAAAUAUAAGUGGUAGUGCAGGUGAUGGCGGACAGAUGACUCAGGGAUCUCCACAUAGUUCACCUACCAGUACAGCAGCCCCCACUCGCCCUCGUACCGAUCACAAGCAUCGCAACUCCACUGCUUCAAUUGCCAACCUCAUCAAGCGUGACUCCAACCAGUCCUUACCCACACACCUCAUAUCAGCAGCUAACCAGCAGAAGGCAUCUAUAUCAGUCAAACAGCAGCUCCCAAUGAAGCUUGCCAAACUGGGGAGCAGCAGCAGCACAGGCUCCUCAUCAAGCAGCGGUGGUGGCGGUGCAUCCUCGCCCAAUCAGGACCGCAUUGACCACCACCGUUCUCAUAUCAGCCCUGGGGCCAGUGGAGGAGUGCAGCAGAUGCUACCCCUGAAACUGAGCCAGGGGCCGAAUGAGGGCAAAGGUUCCCGCAUAACUGUGGGGUACCAGCGCCUGGCCUCUCCUCCCCCAUCCCUCGAGCCCUCGCCAGGUCCAUCCCACCAACGCACAGGGUCGUCCCCUGCCACGCUACAGAAUGGGUCUUCAGCUGUCAGUCCUGGGGCACCCGCUCCCACUGCCACCACCACCGCCCAGGGGGCUCGCGCCACCCGAACCAAUACCUACCCAAAGUUGACCAGUAAACCUUCCGUGCCCACCACUCGUGCCAACACCACGCCAGAGGGAUCACAGGAAGGUUCAGGUGUGGGAUCCAGCACACGCCCUGGUCAGCGCAUUAAAGAUCCUGAUACCAACCAGGACAUCAUAUUCUUCUAAGAGCUUUUAUCCAGCUAGCUUUUCUAGGUUUCAUAUAGUUCAGUGGUGUGACCAUUAGGCUCUCGUUUUGGAUGAGCAGGAUUGUCAUACUUCUGCGAGCCGCAAUUAGCGUCUUUCCCUGUGAUUAAGGCAUUCCUUCCUUUAUACACACCACCACUGGUACAUGACCCUUAGUGUUAUUACGAUGUGUAAAUUGUAUGCUGUGGGUCUGGGACUUGUACAUAGAACACUCAUACACCCAUGCACACUGUCUUCCGGCUACUGGUACACAGCACUGGUGGGAGCUCGCACUCUGUGUGAUAGAUGCACCCUCUAUAACCCCUUGGCAGAUGCUGCUUAGCAUGUAUUGAUGUGCAAGGUCAGUGGAUCAGUAUUCAUAAUAAGCUAUGAUAGUAAAUUUUUAUAUACGGUAGAGAGUGAAAGAAUAUGUGAUGUAAAAAGUUUAAUAUGUUUUGACUUGAAUGGCUAUUUUUACAUAUGAAUGUAAGUCGUGACUGGUUGCACAUUCCUGUGGCCUUUACUGCCCUCUGCGUAGGGAAGGGAGCAGCCUCAAGGGGAGAGAGGCUGCUCGUCCUCCAAAAUGCAUUUUCGUGCGGGCUGUCUCGGGUGGUGUCAGUGCAGCAAAGCUGUACUUUUUCAGUCUUACCGAUUUACCUAAUUCUUUUAUAUAUGUUUUAUAUCACUUAUAGGUUUUAAUUUUAGAUAGUGUAAUUUUAACAAAUUCCAAGUAGCCAGGUUGGCAGUGUGUACAUUCCAAAGAGUAAUUAUUUCCAUGUUGUAUUUGCUGUAUGUUAGCCCAGAUGGAAUAUAGGGUAUCCUAAUAUCUACCACGUAUCUAGAAUUCAUUGUUUUCUGAAAGCUCAAUGUGUAUCAGCCAAAACUUCCAGGCAAGGCUGGCAAAAUAGGUCGAAAACUGUGUAUAGCCAGUAUAAUGCUGUGUUAAAGACUUGGGUAAUAUGUAUAGCCAGUGUUAAAACUGGGGGUAAAUUUGUUGUGCUGAAUGUUUAGGUCAAUGUACAUUGUAAUUAAGGAUGGCCAGCACAAACAACAUUCCUUGGGGUCAUUUUUUGUGCAUUUCAUAAGACCUAGACUUUGAACAAUAAACUUGUACAGAUGUGUCUGCAGUGAAGAGAGAGAAAAAAAAAUCAAUACAUACUUACCUCUCUUCAAAAUAUGAUCCCUGAUGAAGGAUAUGCUGAGAGUUACCAGGCAGUCCAUACUGUGAAAUGAUCAGCAAAAAUGAGAAUUGUCUGUUCUGUGCUUUUGUAAGAACAAUCACAAGUCAUAUUUUGCUAUUCACAUCAUGGAAAAUCAGACUUGUAGAUACAUUAACAAGGCUUAAUUUUGCUGAUACUCACAUCAUAGUACCUCGAAAAACCUGAUGGAAGAUUGUAAAAAUUAUGGUUGCUGUUACCUUCCCUUUUGUUACUUUUAUAAAAAGAGAGUUUUGCCACACCAUCGUUAAGGCUGCUUUUUCCUUUUAAUUGGAUCAGCAAAGUCGGUGGAUAUGCAUUGCAUACGGCCCAGGUUUUAGUUCAGUGAAAAAUGUGCCGCAUUAUGUGUGUAUCUUCUGCUUUGUUUACAGAUCAUGUUUCAUGUUUGGUCUUCCAUACCAUAAUAGCUGAACCUGCUCUAUGGCAGUCAGACAACUCAUUCUUAGUGGGUAGGAAAUCUAGAUUUACUAAAUACAUCCUUUUUCUAUAUUGCUUUGGUUACUUCAUUCGUUCAGCCAUAUCUAGCUUUUUAGCAACAAUUCAUUCCUUAUUUUUAUAAUCUCUUGUCAGUUAUAUGGGGUUAUGUAGGGGGUAUUUCAGCUAGGUUAGAUCCCUCACUGUAAGAGGUUCUUCUACCCUGUCUGAAGAAGAAAAUAAGCAUUCUCCUUAUAGCUGAGAGAUAAUAGUGAAGGUAACAUAUUCCAGAGAUAUAAUUAGUAUUUCUUAACUUUACCAUCUACCUAAUAAUCUAUAUGGCAACUCUCUCAACAAUAAGUAAGGGUUCAGCUUCCCAGUUUUUAUCAAAAAAAGAAACAUUCCAAUGUGUACUUAGGUUGUAUUUAAAAUGUCACACUAGAAUUAUGUGUUCUUUCCAUUAGAAUAGUGUCCUAUGUUCUGGGGGAUAUUUAAAUAUUUUUCUGCAAGUUAAAUGCUGUUGUUUCUUUAUCAGAUACCUAUGCCUUUAUGCACAUCAAAGUUGCACUUGUCCUGUGGAGUCCUCUCUGGCAGUAGAAAAUAUAUGCCCAUAAAUAGUCCUAAACAACUAGAACUGGUGCUUUAACAAGUAAACAGGAAAUCAGUGCAACUUUCCAUUCAUAAAGGGAACAUCUGGAACCAGUCACCCUGAUUUGUACUCUAGUGUGUCAUUUUUCACAGCAUCACAGAAAAUUCUUGUAAGGCAUCAUGAGCCUAGUCAGUCUGGCAGCAUGUGAUAUUAUAAUACCAGUGGACAAGACUCAAUAAUGAGAUCUAAAGAGGUUGAUCUGAUUUGAAGAAGCCUUUGCUUGAGAGCAAAUGCAGUUUAAUACAUUAUUUUGUGAAUAGAGUCCAAGGAAUAAACUGUUUAUCACGUUAAAA